AUGUCGGGGAGCAUGGGGUCCCUCUCGGGCGGAGAAGAUCGCGGGCAAUCGCUUGAGGAGGAUGGCGAUGAAGACCACGACAGCUUCGGCGAAGAGGACGAGAACAGCAGGUUCGCGGUCGGCCCACGCCUUUCGACUGAAGCUCGCCAGGAGGGGUAUACCGCGGAAGGCUUGUUUUCCGGCGAUCGGGUCCACCCAUACGACAGCAGCAACGGCGGCCUAGCUGACGACGACAUCGACGUUGGGGGAGGACGACGAGAAGAACGUUCGUGGGAAGGAGCGCAAGCAGCAGGAGGGUUCGAGAACGAAGGAUCGUGCCAUAGUGAUCCGCAACGGCCGGCCGAGCUGGAAAGCGGUGGCGACGUCAGCCUGCUUGGCGGAGGGAGCGUCGGCGUUACAGCAGCAGCAGCGGCGGCAGAGGAAGAGGAGGAGGAGGAGGAGGAGGAGGAGGACAAAGAGGAGAUGGUGGACGAGGCGGGGGUGGUGCCGUCGUCUACCAACGGGAUGGGGUGGCGCAGCGACACCGCUGCUACUGGGGCGCGCGCGGAUGGGAGCGUGUCUUCUCACCCGGGGGGGGAGGGGAGCUGGCCUCGCCGAGGACCGUUCGACGGUUUGGGUGAAGACGGGUCGCCCCUGUCAGUGCCGUCGGAGAUAAUGCGAUACGACCCUGAUGUUUCCGGACGCGAUCGGGAGGCGCAAGCGGUCAUCGACGCCCUCCAGGAGGUGUACCACAAUCGCCUCAAGCCCAUCGAGGAGCUCAGCAGAUUCAACAAGUUUCACCACGAAGUCAUGACCGACGCCGACUUGCAGGCCAAGCCGCAGGUGCUGGUCCUAGGCCAGUACAGCACGGGGAAGACUUCGAUGAUACGGCACUUCAUUGGUCGAGACUUUCCGGGGAUGAACAUCGGGCCGGAGGCUGACCCAGGGGUUUUCCAGGUGGUUACGUGCGGGUCGGCAGAGAGGACGGUGAAGGGAUCGGCGCUGUGCAUGUUGGACGAGCUCCCCUACACGGGGCUCGGAAAGUUCGGCGCAUCGUUCCUCGGAAAGUUCCAGGCGUCCAUCGUCCCGUCCCCCAUCCUGGAGCACAUAAACUUCGUCGACACUCCCGGCAUUCUCGCCGCUGAGAAGCACGGCACGCCGAGGGGUUACCCUUAUCCGGAGGUGGUGAAGUGGUUCGCGGAUCGGUCCGACCUCAUAUUCCUGGUCUUCGACUCCCACAAACUGGACAUGGGGGAGGAAUUCCGGGAGGUGAUGAGCGCCAUUGCUCAACACGGGGACAGGGUGCGGGUGGUGUUAAACAAGGCCCAAGAGGUGGAUGACGACCGGCUUCUCAAGGUCUACGGGGCUCUCAUGUGGUCCAUAGGGCGAUGCCUCGGCGGCAAGGCCGCCGCUCCCAAGGUGUACGUGGGGUCGUUUUGGGACGACCCGCGGCGGGGUCCUGACACCAGCCAUGAGGAAGGAGACGCUUCGUUCAAGGUGGACGAGGCGGCCCUACGCACGGAGAUGCUGGAUCUGCCCAAGAACGUCGGGGUCAGAAAGAUCAACGAUCUCAUGCAACGAGCCAAGCUGGUCAAAAUACACCUGCAGAUCAUCUACGCCAUCCGGGCCCGGAUGCCGAGGCUGUGGGGGGCGGAGGCGGCUCAGGACCGCAUCCUGGCGUCGCUGGAGGAGGUGUUCGAGGAGGUCAAGACACAAGGAGGCGUUAACGAGGCGGACAUGCCCGACCUCGAGGAGUACCGGCAUGAUCUCGAACGGAUAGACUUCCGCGGCCUUCCCAGGCGAAACCGUCGGCUGUUGACCACCCUCGACGACAUCGUGGAAAGAGACAUCAAGCAGUGCGUCACCCGGGCGGGAGGGGUGCGGCGUAUCUACAAGCUCGAUGCCGCCGCCAGGGUGGUGAACGACUUCGCAUCUUCGAACGCCGGCAGCAGAAGGAGGAGAGCUACGAUGGGAGGGGUGGGUGUGCGACAUCGUGCACACCGGAGCUCGGGGUUGUUCGGUCGGAGAAGAGGCGCAAGCAUGCAAGCGGAUUCAGAGUCGUUUAGAGGUGCCGAGAUCGACGACGUCGAUGGGGACAGCCUGACGACGCAAGAAGAUGAGGAAGGCGGCGACGACGAGAAGGAAGAAGGCGACGUGCCGGUGCUGCUGGGGGCGUGUGUGAUGGUCCUCGUCGUUGUCGUCGGAGUUUGCUUGGCGCUGUGGAAGAUGGAGGCCCUGCCGCCCUUGCCGGAGUGGGCCGUGCCUCUCAAGCCCGAGCGCUUCCCCCCUCUAGAAACACCGCCAGCGUGAGCGAAGCAGCUAUUGCUGCGUUGAUGUCAUCGUCGCUCUCUGAACUUCAAAGUACGUGGUCGUACUCUUGACUUCAAGAGUAGGUGGUACGGGUAGUUUUGUCGCUUCGUCGUCGGCGUUGUCAUCGUCGUUGUCUUGGCGACCUCAAAGCAGUUGUCUUGCUUUUGCUCACGCGCCUCCUACCCAGCGCACCCAUCCUCAGAAAAUGGCUUGUCGCGUGCACUAUACUACAAUGGCAGGUAUUGUUUUUUGAAAGUAAACAUAAUCUCACGAAAAGACUACCGGUUCGAGAUGUAACCACAGCAGUAGUCGAAAGGGAUGUGCGGAAGUCUUUUCAGCGCGUGGAGGUAGGUAUAUUUCGUAUGUAUGGCUGUGGUCUAGCGGGGUGCCACGACGAAACGCCCCCUGUAUCCCUUGGGACAAGAGUCGGCGACGCGUGGUACUCUGCGUACGACGGCAACGUUGGUCUGUUGUCGGGGGGCGGCACCACUCUACGUAACCGGUAGCAUAUUGCGUCAUUGGCGGCGUACUUCGCAACGGUUAGCUCGUCGCAUGCGGUGAAUUUUCUUUCGCCGAUUCUCUCCGUGUGGGGUCGUAGGCCCCACUCCGUUUUUGCUGCUUGAGACUUGCUUAACUUUUGUUCGCAAACGUGAUGGUAGCUUUGUCCAGGUGAAUUAUUUCUUGUGUGUGGGCAACUUUAUAUGUGUGUCGUGUACAUGGAAGCCUCGGGGUAAAAGGAAAAGUGGUCGUGGUAGGAUGGUUGGAUUGGACGUCGGUAUGCUGGGUGACGACCUUUGGUGACCACACGUAUCACAACGGUGGCCAUGCUUCGCGCCAUCGAUCAUUAGUUUUUUAAAGCGAUUUACUCUCCUCCGCGAGAUGUUCGAGGGCCCAUUUGCUACAAGUACGUUUGCUGAAAGCAAGAAGAAAUGUGUCACUUGCGAAUAUCGUGCACUCAUGUAUCUUUCUCAAAGUUGGGGUGGGGAAUACUUUGUAGUGUUCUUAAGACUACCGGGUUGUAUGCAUAUGACGCCGGAUGCUUGGUACUACAGUACGUGGUGUAGACUAGGCAUGGCCGGAAGCUGUCAGUGGAUCAUCUCUGCAUGGCUGCCGUUGUUGGAAGACUUGCGCUUCGCGCUCAACGUGUAUCAGGGUCGUCUCUUGCCAAGUGCGUAUCGACAUGGCCCGCAUCGGCCCGUAGUGGCUAAUAGCUAUAAGUAGGGAGCGACGAACAAUCGUUUUGUGCUAUGUCCUGUAUCUUUUUUUCUUUGCCUUGUUUGCCCUGAUCGUUCUAUUACUGUGUCUCAUACUCCCAUCCCAUUGCUGAUAUGUAGCUGUAUUAUUUCGAAGGGUCGGAUGUUUGCCUGUCUCGGACUGGGCCUCUUGCCGGGCGUGCUGUAGGUUUGUACGUUCACGAGUGUUUAGGAUUUCGAAUUCGAGCGUACUGCAAUCGCAUGAGUGAGGCGGACCUCAAGUU